ACCUAUAUACCAAAAUGAGACUGUAUACUGCUGCACACCCUACUUAAGCGAGUCUGUGAGCAUGUUGGAAGGUUCCCAAGAAAGAGCCCCCCUCUUCUUGCACGUAAUCAACGAUGCUGAGAAUGUUUAGGUUGAUUUUCAUCCUUGCAUUGUUCUUUGCCAAAAAUUUCGCCAACCCAAUCGACCCAGCCUUGCCCAUUCCCGACCGCCGCGAUACAAGUCCUGCUCAUGGCCCGUUUGGUACACUCAAGGGUCUUCCCCUGCUUACGGCCGAGCCAUCUUCCACUCACGAUGGAGCUGGUUCUGGAGGCCUCGGAGCCGCAGCGAGUUGUCCAGGCUAUCACUUGUGCCCGGACGGUAGAUACUGUACGAUCGGUACUUACUGUCAUGGAGGAUACUGCUUUCCCACCGGAACCACUCCUUGCGGAACUGGCCAUUACUGCUGCCAGGGAUUCCGCUGUUAUAAGAAUAUUGCGUGCUUCCCGAAAGGUGCGACCCCUUGCGGCGGCGGCAAUCAUUUCUGCUGGCCUGGAGGCAGAUGCUGUAAUCACGGGAAAUCAUGCUGCUAUUGAGGAUACGCUGGACGGAUGGUGUUCAAAGUCGACGAAUCGACCGGCAAUGUGGUUCUAAAUCUCACAAGAAUGUCGGAGUUAGCAUAUCUAUAUGGAU